UGACUCGUUUCUAGCCAGGUUUGGAGAUUCCCCACGAAGAGGGAGCAGAAUGCCCUGGAGGUUGUCCAGGACUCCGCCCCUUUUAGCCAAGCCCCGCCUCUUUGAUGGAGGAGGGGGCUCCGCUAAGUGCUUCUUGGAGGGGAAACAGUCCCAGAAUUCCCUCCCUGCUCUGGCACGGCUAAUAAAGUGAAAGCUGGGGAGGAGCUAGGCAAAUUAGGUCUGAUUCCAGCAGGUUGAUUCGCAAGUGAUCUCUGAGUGGUCUCCUUUCCCAUACAGCAUGUAUGGAAACUUGCUAAAUCUUUGCAAUCUUUUGACGCAUUUGGACAGCGGUGUCCAUUGUCCCCAGAGCAUAUGGUCAUUUGAGGAACGGUGGGAGGGUCCCAUUGGGGGGGUCAGCUACCCUGGCCUUGCCGGUUCUGAGUGUGAGCAAGAUUGGUGAGUGUUGGUGAGGCAGGCAGCCUGCAGGAUUUGGGUGUUUGUGCCUCGCAGGUAAGGCACCCCGUGGUUACAUAAUCCCCUUGCACCGGUCUGGGUGUGCCCGGAGUUGUGAGCCAGCUUGGGCGGGGCUUAGAGCCUCUCCAGUGGAGACGUGGGUGUUUGUGUGCGGUUGCGGUUGUGUGCGUCUCGAUGUGACAGUGGGAGACGGACGAUCCGGUGGCAGGGUUUGAACCAGGCCUGGCAUUGCUUCAAACGUGCCCGGGGAGGUAAAUGUGAAUUGGGCUCAAACCCCAAUCUCCUUUCCCGUCUCUGGGCCUCUCGAGAACCCUGCGAGGUAGGACAGCCAAGGGCGGAAUUAAAUGCCAACAGGCUUUGCAAGCUUCCUUGGCGUGUAAGCGAGCCCUGGGCCACCCGCUUUGCAUCGCAGACUGCCCACGCCUUUGGCCAAGCCGGGUGAGCACGAAUCAGCCAGCAACUAAUCAGUGGUGGCUCCGGGUCUUUGGAACUCCUGGCCACUAGAUUUUCGCACUUAGCAAAGCUCUUGAAGAGGGCUGGCUUUGCAUUGAGCCGGUCGAUCUAGAGGUCCCCUCGAAUCGGAGGUCUCCAAAGGUGACAACUUUGAAGACUUGUGGACUUCAACUCCCAGAAUUCCCCAGCCUGGCAAAAGCUGCUCAAGAAAACUGAAAUAGCUCCUUCCAACAGCCCGCCAUUGGCUGGCUGGCUGUGAUGUCACGGAAGGAUUCGGCCAAUCGGGAGCAGGUCAGCAGAGUGUCCAGAACAGGCAGAGAUGCAAUAUGGUUGAAAAGGAGCUGCAGCCAUGAAGAAGACCCACAGCUCCCAGAUUGAAGUGAUCCCCUGCAAGAUCUGCGGAGACAAGUCUUCCGGGAUCCACUACGGGGUCAUCACUUGUGAAGGAUGCAAGGGCUUCUUUCGACGCAGCCAGCAGGUGAACGUGACCUAUUCUUGUACUCGGCAACAAAACUGUCCAAUCGACCGCACCAACCGCAACCGCUGCCAACACUGUCGCCUGCAGAAAUGUCUCAGCCUCGGCAUGUCCCGUGACGCUGUCAAAUUUGGCCGAAUGUCCAAGAAGCAACGCGACAGUCUCCACGCCGAGGUCCAGAAACAGCUGCAGCAGCAGCAUCAAGGUGGAGAGGGCUCCACCUUCUCCUUGGGUAUAGCCAAUGGACAACUCAAACUGGACCCUUCUCCAGAUCUCCGAGAAGGCAGCACCUGCUCUCCUGCUCUCCUCAAUGGACAGACCCGCCUUAGCCAGUCUCCGGAUGAGACGGCGAGCUUGGCCUACUCUAACGGACUCCCCAAGGCUCAGUGCCUUCUGGGUGAAGACCGGCCCGACCCCUUCAAGAAGGGGUACGGUGCUGGGGUCAUCAAGGUGGAACCCAGGACGAGCAUCUAUUACGCUUUGGAGACGCAGGCGUCACCAGACCACCUGUCCCCCAAUGUCAGCAGAGCGGAAUGGACAGCCGCCAGUGAGACCCUUGACUUCCACCCCAACCCGAGCUUCACCAGCUUCCUGGAGUGUCCACACGCUUCGCUGAUGGAGAUUGAGCACUUGACCCAGAACGUUCUCAAGUCCUACCGCGAGACCUGUCAACUCCGCUUGGAAGAUCUCCAGCUGCUGAGGUGGGAGACCUUCACCCGGGAAGAAAUUGGGAGCUACCAGAAGAAGACAAUGGAGGAAAUGUGGGAAAGUUGUGCAUGCCGCAUCACGGAAGCCAUCCAAUACGUGGUGGAGUUUGCCAAGAGAAUGGGUGGAUUCAUGGACCUCUGCCAGAAUGAUCAGAUUGUGCUUCUCAAAGCAGGUGCCAUGGAGGUCGUUCUGGUGAGGAUGUGCCGAGCCUUCAAUUCUGAGAACCGGACGGUCUUCUUUGAGGGCAAAUACGCCAGCUCGGAAGUUUUCAAGUCUCUGGGGUGCAGCGAACUUAUCAACUCCAUCUUCGACUUUGCGCACAGCCUGUGUUCGCUCCACUUCUCCGAGAACGAAAUCGCCCUCUUCACAGCUCUGGUGCUGAUCAACGCAAAUCGCCCAUGGUUGCAGGAGAGAAGCAAAGUGGCUUAUUUGCAAAACAACCUUGAAGUGGCGUUCAAGCAGAUGCUGCAGAAAAGUCACCGGGAAGGCAUCCUGGCGAAGUUGCCACCCAAAGGAAAGUUGCGCAGCCUCUGUUCCCAGCACGUGGAGAAGCUCCGUUCCUUUCGACAGAUGUACCCCCUGGUCGUCCAUGCGGUUUUCCCACCCCUGUACAAAGAGCUCUUCAGCUCAGACUCUGACCCACUGAUCCAGGGACCCACAGGGGAGUAACUCCCCCCCCUUGCCCACGAGCCGAGGACAGACCAGGCGUCGCCUCCCAGUUGCUGGAAGCCAGGUGCAAAACACAGAAUCGGAUCAAGGGAAGCAGGAGUUGGACCAGUCAACAAAGUGCUCCAGUUUAUGUUUUAGCGGCCGCCGAGGCACUAAGCGGUAAGGGAGCGUUGUGCGAAAGCGACAAAUCCACCCUGAUACGGUGUCCCCGGAAGGCGGCGUCGGACAUCGCCGCCAGCUUCCGUGACUCCUCCAGAAUACCUCAUUGUGCAGUUCAACAGCCAGAGACUCCGCCAUAUGUAUGGCUACAGAGAGGGACAGAGGCGGCCCACUUAAGAUAGAUUUUAUUUUUCUGCCAAGUCUGUAUUUUGAUAACCAAGGAAUCUCCCGGUUUGUUUUUCCUUCCCUUUCUCUGCGUUCUCACUUCGUCCACUGGCCUCAACGUCGGCACUCAUGCGAAAAAGGGCGCUUGUCAGGAUACAUCUCGGCCACUUAGACCCACUUCGGAUAGGCGAUCUCGGAACUAAAUGAGUUGGCUUUUUAGCACUUUUCCCCCAAAUUUCCCCGAAGCCAGCGCAGUUUCUUUCGGAGACAGCGGUGGUAGCGAUGUCCCCAGGAUCGUUUUAAACGCAGAGAUGAUUUUUCAGGAGCUUCUGUAGGGAACAUAUUUUCUGCUUACAUGUAGCCCCCGACUUACAACCGUUUGCUUAGUGACUCAGUCACAACGGCACUGAAAAAAAUGGACUUAGGGCCCUUUUUUCACACUGAAGGCCGUCGCAGCAUUCCCCACCGUCACGUGAUCAAAAUUGGGACUCUUGUCAACUGACUCAGAUUUAUGACGGUCGCGGCGUCCCUGGGGGGGUUCAUAUGAUCCCCUUUUGCGACCAUCUGCCGAGCAAAGUCUGUGGGAAAAGGCUGAUCCACUUAACAUCUGUGCUGCGAUUCACUUCCCAACUGUGGCAAACGGGACAAAACUCACUUAACAAAUGUCUCACUUAGCGGCAUAAAUUCUGGGCUCGGUUCUGGAGUAAAUAGCACAACAGUCUUGGACGAACUGCAAGACAAUCCACGUUGGCCUCCUGAUAUUUAAAACCUUUCCCCUUGAAUGUCCUACCUUGCAAACGGUUCGGCUUGCAGGAAGAAAUUUAAGACGCUCUUCGUUUUCCCGUCCAGAGCUGUUCACAUGACACCAUUCGCACAGAAAAAAACCACCAACUUGUGUCGGAUAUACGUGGACCUAACCCGAAUCCUUUUUCCAUUCUCUUUUAUCUUUUUCUUGGGUUUAAAAAAAAUAGUUUGAAAUAUUUAAAGCACAGGAGGGAAGGGAGGCGGUGUAAAUAUCGGUUGAAAAAGUUUUAUUUUUUAAGUUUAAUUUUUUAAGCUAAGUUUAGAGAAACCGGCCUUUAGAAAGCAUAUGAUGGAAGCUGUUCAGGCUACUUUUUAAUUUAAUUAAACCACGGUGGAUAUUG